AUGUCUAGCAUAAGUGCCAUCAGAGUUGCUGCUCGGGUCCAACCUGCUAAGCAGGCGGUGAUUUUCCUGCAUGGUCUAGGUGAUACUGGCUCAGGAUGGUCCUUCUUUGCUGAUUUCCUGCAGAGAGAUGCUCUUUUCAAACACACGAACUUUGUGUUUCCCAACGCACCAGUGCUAAGUAUCACUGCUAAUGGAAACUACCCAAUGCCAGCGUGGUUUGACAUCCGUGAAUGGGAGGAAGUGCAAUCAAGGCCAGAUGUUGAUGGGUUUCUGAAGUCUUUGGAGACAGUGCGUAGAUUGAUAGAUGAACAGGUGGAAAAUGGGAUUGCAGCGGAAAACAUCGUGGUGGGUGGAUUUUCACAAGGUGCGUCUUUGGCACUGGCAAGUGCGGUCUCGCUGCCUGUUAAAAUCGGCGGGUUCGUUGCGUUUUCGGGCUUUUCCAUGAUAAAUAACAAGCUGUUGGAGAACAAACAGUCGAUCAACAAAGAUACGCCCGUUUUCCACGGACACGGGUCUGUAGAUCCUGUCAUAUCGCUGGAUAUGGGACAAACGGCUCAAAAGUUCUAUACGGGACCCGGUGGCCUUACAAACUAUACUAUGAAGGUGUACCCGGGCAUGCCACAUAGUACUUGCCAGCAGGAAAUUGACGACGUGGUGAGUUUUCUACAUGCCUCGUUGAAACUCGAAAAGUGA